GGGCCCGGACGCUUUUCUUCCAGGGCUGUUUUCCGGUCUUGAAAAGGCGGGGCGAGCGGAGCCGAAGGGGUUCGGAGAGAGAGGACGAGCGGCCUCUUUACUCGUUUCAGUCGCCAUGGGUUUCUUGCGCCGCUUGUGUCUGCUGGGCCUCCCGCUGCUCCUCUGGACUCUGAAUACCAUGGCCUUGGCGGCCCAGGGGCAAGAAAUGGGGUGUCAGAAGUACACAAAUAAAACUUGUGAAGAAUGCCUGAAAAAUGUCACAUGUUUAUGGUGCAGCAGCAGCAAAAAAUGUGUGGAGUAUCCUGUUCGGAAUAUCCUCCCUCCAAGUUCUCUUUGUAAGCUGAGCUCUGCACGCUGGGGUGUAUGUUGGGUGAAUUUUGAAGCACUGAUCAUUACCAUGUCUGUAGUGGGAGGAAUAAUCCUUCUCGCACUUUUCAUCUGUUGCUGUUUCUGCUGCAGGAAAAAAAAGAACAAAAAGGUUGAUAAAGAGGAUGAAAAGGCUGCCAGGGAACAAGAGCAAAGGAGAGUUCGGCAAGAAGAAAGGAGAGCAGAGAUGAAAUCUAGACAUGAUGAAAUCCGGAAAAAAUAUGGUUUGUUUAAAGAAGAAAAUCCAUAUGCCAAAUUUGAAAAUAACUAAGAUUUCUUUUGAAAUACCCAAAUAUCAUCUGGCAGUGCUGUCUAUAUAAUGUACAGCUGUGUGAAAAAAAUGUACAUUAGAUGCUUUAAUUGCAAAUAGAAAAAUGGUCUUAAUGCAAGAUGGAACUGGCUAUAAUUACAGUGUCUGAUAAAGACUGAAAUUAAUGAACAAACCAACAUACCUCUAAAACUCUGGAGGCUGCAAUAUAUUCAUGUUAUUUUUUUCCUAACUAUUAAGCAGUUGCUUGUGCUACUAUAAUAUUUUGCUUUUUGGGAAUUCUUCAAUUGCCAGCAAAAUCUUAAGCCAAAUUUAUUAAUGAAUUGGGACAGGAUGGUGCACAUACUGUAUCCUUUUCUCCUGUGACCAACAGUUUGAGACAUUCUAAUAUUAAUAGUAGAAAUAAGACAAGGUUUUUAAGAUCCUUGUAUAUACUUUGGAAUUUCCUAUACAAAAAUAUCAUACACUUUAAUAGAUUCCCUGGCAAGUGACUACAUUAUUCCAGAAAGAAAUAGCUCUCAAAAUAUUUUUUGUUAUGGAAUUCUAAAGAUCUGCACUUUUAUAAAUUGAUUCUACAUUUCUUUGCAAUAUAUGUUGAAUCCUUCUGUUUUGUGCCUUUAAAAACUACCAUAGAAGUAAUUAAAACUGAAUGUUAAUAAGAGCUUGAUACUGCUUUGAACUUUAUAUUGGCAUCAUUUAGCCAUAUGCAUUUAAACACUAAAUGUUUAGCUAUAUUCAGUCUUCUUAAAUUACUUUAAUAUUGUAAUAACAAAUUUGCCAAACUCUUUAAUGUAUAAAUGCAUAUCACGCUGUGUCCUUAUGUAUCCAAAUGGUAACUUAUUGUACAAUGUCAGAAUGUCCUUUAUAACCACCAUGUAAGUUUAUAUACUUUGUUUUAUUGAUAAAAUCUUUCGGCUUGA